AUGACAAACGAGAAGAGAUAUGAGCUCUACAUACUCCUUCGUGACCAGAAAAAUGAGAAGCGUCUUGAAUAUCUUCCGAAAAGUUGUGAUCGGUGUAAAGAUUAUUCGGGAAGAGCAACAGUAGAAGUUAAUGGACUGAGUCCGUUUACCGUGUCGUGUGAUUCAAAUAUCGCUGGAUCAGGGUGGACCGUAAUACAACGACGCAUUGAUGGAAAGGUCGGUUUCUAUAGAAACUGGGACGAAUACAAACAUGGCUUCGGAGACUUUAAUAGGGAAUUUUGGAUAGGUCUGCAAAAACUACAUAAAAUGACAAACGAGAAGAGAUAUGAGCUCUACAUACACCUUAUUGAUCAGGAUAACGAGCAGCGGUAUGCCAGAUAUGAUAACUUUAAAAUUGGGAGCGAGGAUACAAAUUUCAAAUUGAUCUCUCUUGGUACACAUACUGGGAAUACUAGAGAUUCUAUGAGAUACCACGAGGGGGAACCAUUUUCAACAUAUGAUAGAGAUAAUGAUUUCUCAUCUGAUAAUUGUGCCACAAUUCUGAAAGGUGGCUGGUGGUAUUGGAAUUGUGCAUUUAGCAACCUGAACGGACAAAAUUUCUCUUGCAAAAUGGAAGAGUCGAAACAAUUAGAAAACAUUGGAUGCAUUUACUGGCAGGAUUGGCAUGGCCGAAGUUAUUCCAUGAAAUUCGUGCAAAUGAUGAUACGCCCUAUUUGAUCUGAAUUAAAA